AUGGCCACCAGGGAUUUGGCCAUAGGAAUAAUCCUUUCAUUACAAACUAUAGUUGGAAUUCUGGGGAAUUUGUCCGUUCUUUGUUUUCAUCUCUUCCUUUACUUGACAAGAUGCAAGUUUAGGUCCACAGAUUUGAUUAUCAAGAAUCUGACUAUAGCCAAUCUAUUAGUUAUUUUUUCUAGAGGAGUCCCCCAGAUGAUGGCAUGUUUUGGAUUGAAAGAUUUCCUCAAUGAUUUUGCAUGCAGACAUGUUUUCUAUGUUCACAGAGUGAGCAGGGAUGUGUCCAUUGGCACCACUUGCCUCUUGAGUGUCUUCCAGGCCAUCAUGAUCAGCCCUUUGAACUCCAGGUGGGCAGAGCUUAAAGUGAAGGCCCCCAAGUACAUAGGAACCUCCAGUAUCUUCUGCUGGAUCUUGAACAUGAUGCUAAAUAUUAUACUCCCUCUGCAUAUGACUCAUAAAAAGAACAACACAAACUUCAUACAGAAAAGAGAUUAUGACUACUGUUAUGACAUACUUCAUGGCAACAUCACACCAAAACUCUAUGUAGCAUUGAUAUUAUGUCGUAAUGGUUUCUGUUUGAUUCUGAUGGUCUGGGCCAGUGGCUUUAUGGUUUUCAUCUUGCACAGGCACAAGCAGCAGGUUCAAUACAUACAUAGGAAAAAUCUGUCUCCCAGAUCCUCCCCUGAGUCCACAGCUAUGCAAAGUAUACUUGUCCUUGUUUGCACCUUUGUAUCUUUGUGGACUCUCUCCUCUAUCUUCCACAUUUGUUUGGCAGUUUUUAACAAUCCCAGUUUGUGGCUGAGGAACACUUCUACACUAAUAGCUGCAUGUUUUCCAACUGUGAGCCCCUACAUUCUCCUGAGCCAUGAUGCAAGAGUAUCUUGGGUCUGCUUUGCUUGGAAUGGAAUACAAAAUCUCCUAAACUUUUCAUAA